AUGCUGUCACACGACUUGCCAGCCGAGCAGAAAAUAGACGAGCGACAGUAUGGUGAGGCAGACGUAUCCCUCGCUGCGGUGACCGAGACGAUAGCGACGGUGCUCGAUCUUGUGUACGUACUAUGUGCUGAAGAGUACGGCUAUUCCGGCGAAGAUGGACGCCAACUUCUUGGCUGGCGAGAGAUCUGGAAGCGUUGCAAGAUUGAUUGA